CCGUUCCCUGUGGACCGAUUUUUGCGAUUCUGUCUGCAGUAUGUACAGUAACAGUGUACCACUAUUUAACGAUAACGGAUAACGGCUGAAAAAGGAAAACUUGUUACUGUUGGCAGUCAAUUUGUUUAACUAUUAUUGUUUAGCCAUUAUUCAUUAGCUUUUGCUUUUGUGGUUCAGCUGUUAUAAAUUAAAAUCAUAGUGUUAAUCAUUAAAAUUUGUGUUGUGUAUUCAUUUUUAAAUAUUCAACAAUAGCGUCAACCAUGUCCGAGAACAGUUCGUUUAACGGAAACGAAGAAGAAGAAGAAGUCGUGAGAUUAGGCGAAUACAUAAAUGACAAAAAUAAAGAAUUGGAACAAGCAAAUUUAAUUCUGGAAGCAUCCGAAGGUGACAGUUGCACUUAUUCAAUGGGCUAUUUGAACCGUCAGGCGUUGUACGCUUGCAUUACAUGCACUGAAGAAGGAAAAAUAUCCGGUGCUAUUUGCUUACCUUGUAUGUACCAGUGUCAUGAAAAUCACGAGCUAAUUGAGUUGUGGACAAAAAGAAAUUAUCGUUGUGAUUGUGGAAGUAAUAAGUUUACGUCAAAGUGUGAAUUGGAACCUAAUAAAAGCGAACCUAAUGAUCGCAAUAUCUACAAUCAAAACUUUAAAGGUUUAUACUGUAUUUGUAAUCGCCCUUACCCCGAUCCUAAUCCAGAGAAUAAUGAUGAAAUGAUACAGUGCAUUAUUUGUGAAGAUUGGUAUCAUAGCAAGCAUUUAGGUACAAAGGACAUGGACCCCGAAGAUUAUUCUGAGAUGAUAUGUUCUGAAUGUACUCCUAAGUUAAGUUUCUUACCAGCGUACAGACAUCUUUUAGUAAGCGAUGAUCCAAAACCAAACAUUGAGGGAGAUACCGAAAACUUGAAAUCUGAUAAUUCACAACCAUCGUGUAGUAAAGAUAUAUGCAAAUUUGUCAAUGCAAAACAUUCAAAGACGAUUUCAGGAAGUUCAUUUUGGGUUGAAGGAUGGCGUGAAGAACUUUGUACAUGUUCUUCUUGUAAUGAUUUAUACAAAAAAGAAGGUGUUCCAUUCAUAACUGAUCCACAAGAUACAUUACAAGCAUAUGAAAACAAAAGCCGCGAAAGAAUGUCAGCCAAGGAAAAACAAAGUGAAGAAGGCUUUACUAAAGCUUUAUCAUCAAUGGAUAGAGUUGCUGCAGUAGAAUUGGCACAUCAAUAUAAUCAAUUCAAAGAAGACUUAGUUGAGUGGCUUAACAGUUUCAAAGGAGACAAAGUAGUAAAAGUCGAAGAUGUUCAAGAAUUCUUUUCUAGUAUGCAAGCUAGAAAACGCGCUAGAAUGGAUGACGGAAUUCCCCCAAAUUUUUGUCGCUAAUUUUUAUUUUUGACAAGUAUAACUAUUAAUCUUAAAAAUUCAAAAUAAAUGUUUUUCUGAAUUUGCAUACAGUUAUAAUAUUGACAAGUAUUUUUUAAAAAUUUUCUUUUUUUCAUUUAUAAUUAAUAUAAUUUAUGUUUACACCUUAAGAAUAUAUCUAAGUAGAUUAGUUAUACAUUUAAGUACCUAUUAAAAAUAAAACUAUGG